CCUUUCUCACCACAACAGAGACUGAUGGCUUCCAGAGGUUCGAAGCGAGAGGUGUAUCAUCCAGGAAUCCGGUGCGAUGGCUGCUCGGAGGAGCCGAUCACAGGGACGAGGUACCUGUGCAAGGACGACGGGUGCGAGCUGAGCGAAUCGCUCUGCAGCGAGUGCUACGAGGCCAACAAGGGCGUGCCGACCCACAUGUACGCCAAGCUCGAGACGCCCAUGUCGAUCCUCACCUUUCUCCCGCCGCGAAUGGACAAGGAGACCGUGUAUCAUCCACAGAUCGUGUGCACUGGAUGCGGCGCCACGCCCAUUGUCGGCCCGCGCUACCAAUGCGCGAGCAAGACGUGCGCAGACCACGUCAACCUGUGUGAAGAGUGCUACCAAGCCGGCCAGCAUGCCACCUCCCAUCCCUUCUCACUCAUCGCCGAGCCGCACGCCUUUAAGGUUGCCCUCAAUCCGCGCGAUGACCCAUAACCCGUAAACAGCACCACGACACCCGGA